UCAAAUUCAAGGACAAUGGUUUUCCGUUGUUGCAAACAACUGGGUGGAGUCUUUCCGAGCAACCAAUUCCAGUACUACAUUUCUGGUCCUCAAGAGCCGUUUUCUCCUGUGCCUGGACGUUUUCCCAAAUGGGCUUCUAACGGGGAGGAAGCAUUUGGUUUUCUGAAAGACGGUGCUAAUGUUUUCAUCCAGGGUGGCGCUGCAACACCCUCACUGUUGAUCAAGGAACUGUAUGAUUAUGUUUUGGCUAAAAACCUGAAGAAUAUCAAAUUGAUCCACAUCCACACGGAAGGACCGUAUCCUUUCCACGAAGCCGAAGAACAUUUCCGAUCGACUUCGCUGUUCAUUGGUAGCAACUGCCGCAAAGCUAUUAGUGAGGGAAAAGCUGACUUCACUCCCAUAUUCCUAAGCGAGAUACCUCUCCUCUUCCGUCGCAAACAUUUACAGCUCGAUUUGGCUCUAAUCAACGUCACUCCUCCCGACAAGCAUGGAUUCUGUUCUCUCGGUCCCAGCGUUGAUGUAACCCGCGCUGCCAUCCAAAAUGCAACACACAUUGUUGCUCAGGUAAACGACCAGCUCCCGUUGACUCGAGGUGAUGCAAGCGUUCACUUCAGUAAUUUGAGUGUUCUACGCACUGGUUCGCAACCUUGUCAUGAGAUGAGUCCUCGAGAAGCCUCUGAUGUUGAAGAUAAAAUUGGUGCAAUAAUUGCAGAAAAUCUUGUGGAAGAUGGUGCAACAUUGCAGACGGGCAUCGGUGCUAUCCCUGACGCAGUCUUGUCGAAAUUGACCAACCACAGACACUUGGGUGUUCACACUGAGAUGUUUUCGGAUGGUGUAGUUCAACUCGUUCAAUUGGGUGCGAUUACCAAUGCAUACAAAAAGCUCAGACCGGGGAAAGUUGUGGCCAGUUUUGUCGUGGGUACUCGGAAAGUAUUCGAAUUCUUGGAUAACAACCCAAUGAUUGAUAUGUGUGAUGCAGCUUGGGUCAACUCGCCCGUUACGAUUGCACAAAAUCCCAAACCUGUCGCAAUCAAUUCUUGCAUUGAAGUCGAUAUCACUGGACAAAUCUGCUCUGAUUCCAUCGGUACAACAAUGUACUCCGGCUUUGGCGGUCAAGUCGACUUCCUCCGCGGCGCAGCAGUUAGCCUUGACGGCCAGGGCAAACCAAUCAUUGCCGUGCCCUCGGUCACGAAACGCAACGAAUCAAAGAUUGUGCCUCAUUUGAAAUUAGGUGCUGGUGUAGUGACAACUCGUGCACACGUGCACUACGUUGUGACAGAAUUNACAGAAUUCGGCAUUGCUUACUUAUUCGGGAAAAGCUUACGGCAACGCGCCCACGCGCUCAUUCAAAUCGCACAUCCAGAUCACCGGUUAGUUGCUCUAGAUGCCCACAAAUUUUUUUUCAAUAUCAAUAUCGUGUGCAUUUUUGUGAAAUUUUUCCCGUAG